AUGUCAGCAAAUGAUAGAUCUAGUCAUGUGGAUGGAAAUGAAGCCAAUCAUGAAGCAAACAAUCCACCUUACCGUAGCUGGAUGAGAGAUGGACGUCACUCCAUAAUUUUACAAAAACAAAUCCCCAAGACAAUGAAACAUUCACUCUUCUACGUUGUAGCAAUAUUCCUUGCUGCUGCUCUUAUCUUUCCACUCGUGACCACUUCUGCUCGCAGAGUCAUGGUCAUGGUGAACAUGUUACCAUAUGGCCCAGAAGAAGCAGCAGCAGCAUGGGGAGACUGA